CUUUUGGAUUCAGUAACCUUGCUGAGGUCACCGCCCUUCACGUGCUCGUAGUGUAAUUGGGCACGACAGGGCGCCUUUUGGCUAUUUGGGCGUGGUGCGCUUUAGGCGGCGGUGAUGUCGGGCGCGUCCUCUUAUCGGGUUCUCUGCAGGGCGCAGCUGAAGCUCGAGUAUCUGCAUGCAAACUCCACGACACAUGACUUUCUGUUUGGAGCAGUUGCUGAACUUAUAGACAACUCCCGAGACGCUGGUGCCACCCGUCUUGACAUCUUUACUGUGAAUAAGGAGAACCUCCAAGGAGGAUUUAUGUUAUGCUUUUUGGAUGAUGGAUGUGGCAUGACACUUCGUGAGGCUACAGAUCUUGUGUAUUUUGGAAGAUCUUCUAAGCGGACCAUGUCUGGGAUGAUUGGACAUUAUGGCAACGGCCUUAAGUCAGGAGCCAUGCGAAUAGGAAAAGACUUCAUAUUAUUCACGAAGAAAGAGAGUACUAUGACAUGCCUUCUUUUCUCUCAGACAUUUUGUGAGACAGAAGGUCUCACUGAGGUUAUAAUUCCAAUACUUUCAUGGUCAAGUAGUAUAAGAAAGCCAUUAAUAGAUGAUCCUGAGAAAUUUGCCAUCCAGUUGUCUAUCAUUUGUAAAUAUUCUCCUUUUAAGAGUGAAGCGGAACUGAUGAAGCAGUUUGAUGCUAUCUAUAGAGAAAAGGGAACACUAAUAGUGAUAUACAAUUUGAAACUCAUGCUCAAUGAUGAGCCAGAACUUGACAUUCAGACAGAUGAAGUGGAUAUUUUGAUUGCUGGAGAACAUGAAAACAUUCCAGAGCAAUGGUCUCUGAGGGCUUAUACAGCUCUGCUGUACUUCGAACCACGAAUGAGGAUAUUCAUUCAAGCCAAGAAAGUAGAAACCAAAUGCUUACCAUACUGCUUUUAUAGACCCAGGAAAUAUCCAUAUAUCUCAUGGUUGAAACAAGCUGCUACAAAUGAAGCAAAAGCAGCAGAAAUGGAACUGAAUUCUGCCAGACAUGCUGAGAAGGAAGCAAAGGACAGACAAAAACAUUUGCAAGAAUCUCUUUUGCAUGAAGACAGUGAGAUGGAAACAAAGGUUGCCCAGGUUGCAGAAUGGAAUGCUGCGGAGACUGACAAGACAAUGUGGAGGAAACUAAAAGACAAACAAAGAAACCUUAGAAAAUCAAAAACUCUGUUCAUAAUAUUUGGAAUCAACAUUCAAGAUAGAAGUCGAGAUGGAAUGCUUAUCUAUAGCAACAAUCGUUUGAUUCGGAUGUUUGAGAAGAUGGGACCACAGAAGAAACUAGGAUCUUAUUUGGGUGCUGGAGCUGUAGGGAUGGUCAACCUACCCUUAGAAGACCUGGAACCAACACAUAAUAAACAAUCCUUUAAUAAUGUCAAGAAAUACAACCAUUUGAUGAAAUCAAUGGACAGCUAUCUUGUCCAAUACUGGAAAGACAUAGGAAUCAGUCAAAAAGGAGAAAUGUUUUUCUGGAAUGACUUUGGCUAUCAGGGUGCCAAGUGGAAUGAGAAACCUUCAGAUACAAUUCAAUACAAAAGAAGAAGGGCAGUGGAGAUUCCGGAUAUUGUUCAGUGUGAUAUUUGCCUCAAGUGGAGGCUUCUGUCGCUUGACACAGAUAUAAAUAAUGAAGGACAUCAUGACAUCUGGAGUUGUACAGAAAAUAAUUGUCAUCUUCCAGAAAAUUUACCCUCUAUUCCUUUGGGCACUUUCCCCCCAUCAUCACGGUCACUGAAUGACAAAGAAAAACUACUUGUAGAUUCCAUCCAGCGAUGUCAAAGCAAGCUGAAAAACCUACCAUUUCAGAAAUUUUACAUGGUACAACCACAUACUGUUGUCCAGCAUAGCAAAGACAACAGAAAUGUUAAGAAUAAAAAUGAAACCAUCGAGAAGACAGUAUGCCAGAGGAAAGUUUUUCGCAAAGAUCCAUCUCCAGCCUGCAGUUGUUUGAUUAAGAACAGUGCAAAUAAAAGACUAGUACAAAAAUCGAGCCUUCAAAAGCAGCCACCUGUAAAGCAAAAGAUUCACUCUCAGAGGAAAUGGCACCCUCAUCAGGAAGAAAAACAUUGCCUUUCAAAGCCAGAGGAUAGGAAGGAUCACAAUAUUUCAAUGAUCAUAAUAUCUGACAGUGAGAGUGAAGAUUUGCCAAAGUAUGAAGAGUGUAAAGACUUUGCUUUCAUACACAAAGAUGAAAAAACACAGGGACAGUGUGAUGAAAAAACAGACAUUCAGCUUGACCUAAUGGCAUAUGUAACUCCUGAGAAGAAGGAUUUGUGUCAAACAAAUUCCGUAAGUAGUUCAACAGAGGAACCUAAAAAAGGUGACAUGGAACAAGCACUUGUUGGUAUGCAAGACUCUGCUGUUGCAGUGCCACACAGACAGGAGCCUUCCCAGAGAAGCCUUGAAAACAAAGUGAUUGAAACAUUAACAGAUAAUAUAAAAGAGUUCCUGCUGUAUUUUUUACCUAAAUGUUCUUUUUCAAGAGACUACCUUACUUCUAGGUCCACUGAAGAUAUUUUAUCUAUGUUCAAGCUGAAAAGACAUUCUGGGCCGAGUGAGAAUAUACCACUAGAAAUUCAUCAGUAUUUUUUGCAGUAUAAAAGACAACGGUCAGAAGAAAUCCAGUGUAUAAACCAACAUGGCCUUGAAGUUACACGUACCAUUGAAACUAAGAUUGGUCUGUGUGAGGCUCAAAUAAAGACUGCUCAAGAAAGACUUAAUCAUCUUCAGAAAAAGGUGACACAACUAUUGAAAAUUCAUCCACAUCUUUUAAAUAACCUGGAAGACAUUGAUGGCUACCUAGAAAAAAAUUUGGAAUGAAGAACGUCUUAAGAUUUGUGUGAUUACUGACAAUGCCACUGAAUCAAGCAACAUGUUUUGUUUUGGUUUUUUGUGGGCUUUGAGCAAAAAACUGCAGCCAGGCCCCCUUUCCCCUUUGUUACAGUCACUUUCUCCUCUCACCAUACCUGUUGCAAAUGGUCAAUGACCUGCAGUGCCUUGGGUUUUUUCCCCCCAAUAAAAGUUUUUCCUUUC